AUGAUUUCUGCAACACCAGCAAGAAGCGAGUCUUCCUCGAGUCACCUCGAGAAGGACUUUGGGAUGUCUGAAACUCCAAAAGUCGACUACAAACACCCAAAAAGGAUGUAUCGCCCUCUAGAAUACACUUCUACUCCUUCCAUUUUUACUCGCACUCAUCAACGAAACAAUAUAGACUUCACGGGAUUCUUUGUUCUCUUCUGGGUAUCUGUUGGCGCAAUGAUUCUAAUUAAUUCUUUGGACAAUUUAGAAAAAACUGGAGAAUUAUUUGGAAACAAUAUCUUUCAAUUUUUUAAGACGAAUUUGUUGGAUCUCGCAAGGGCAGACUUAUUUACGUCUUCUCUGUUUUUUCUUUCUUUUCCAUUUCAAAAACUGUUUGCUUCAGGCACUCUCCGCUGGUAUGGCUCAGGUAUUUAUCUAUACAGUGCUUCCAUUUUGGCUUUUCUUGUGCACAGUAUAUUGCGAUGCUGCUUAAGUGACUGGUCCUGGACUCAUCGUUCUUUUUUUAUCCUUCAUUCUCUCCUCAUUUUAAUGAAAAUCCAUUCUUAUAACGCAGUGAACGGUUGGUUUUCGUACUGCUACCAUGAAGCACGCAGGCUUCAUGCAAAGUCCAUGUCUCUCUCUGAGCCCGAAAAGAGAAAUUUCAAGAUUUUUGAAGAAUCAAUAUAUGAACACGGUAAACGAUACCCUGCGAAUUUGACGUUUGUCAAUGCUCUAACAUUUUUGUUUAUGCCAACCGUAUGUUAUCAGCUCUAUUUUCCCAGGACGUCUCACAUUCGCUUUAUGUACUUACUUGAGUGUGCUCUUGGGACAUUUGGCUGUAUAUUCUUGCUAGUGAUUAUAUCGGAAAACUACAUGAUUCCCAUUUUACUUCGUGCUAUUAGAUGGGUUUUGGAAGCUCCAGAAGACGCAUCUACCUAUUACUUUGUACUUCAAUUAGGUAAGACUGUCACCUAUCUUAUGUUUCCUUUCAUGUUGAGUUUCCUACUAGUAUUUUGGGUCAUUUUUGAAGGCAUCUGUAAUUUCAGCGCUGAAAUCACUCGCUUCGCUGACAGGAAUUUUUACGAUGAUUGGUGGAACUGUUGGACUUGGGACCAAUUUGCUAGAACCUGGAACAAGCCAGUUCACUACUUUUUGUUUCGACAUGUUUAUUGCCCUUUUAACAUCAUCUUUUCCAAAUUGACGUCUACUACACUAACAUUUUUUGUUUCUUCUGUAUUGCAUGAACUAGUAAUGGCAUGCAUUACAAAGAAAAUUCGAGGUUACGGCUUAUUUUUUCAAAUGACUCAAAUACCAUCCAUAUUGAUUCAACGCCAGAAAUUCAUUCGUAAGCAUCGAUUGCUUGGAAACGUUUCCUUCUGGGUUUCUAUCCUCAUUGGGAUUGCGUUGAUCGGUGUACUCUACAUUUUGUACUAA